UCUCGCGAUAGUUGAAUUCAGUGGGCUUUAAAUUAGCUCUGAAGGGUUCAGCCCGCGGGUGGCAGACUGAAGCUGUGAAUAUGAGUGAUGAUAAACCAUUUCUCUGCACUGCUCCUGGCUGUGGACAGCGAUUCACAAAUGAAGACCACCUGGCGGUGCAUAAACACAAACAUGAGAUGACCCUGAGGUUUGGUCCAGCACGCAAUGACACUGUCAUCAUCGCUGACCAGACACCAACACCGACCCGCUUCCUCAAGAACUGCGAGGAGGUUGGGCUGUUUAAUGAGCUCACCAGCCCGUUUGAGCAUGACUUUAAAAAGGCCACGGAGGAAGACACUAAAAAGCUGCCUCUGGACUUGUCUCCUCUUGCCACUCCUGUUGUUCGUAACAAAAUUGAGGAGCCACAGAGAGUCAGUCCGCUCCCUCACCCUGAGUCUACUACUACUGAUGACAAGGAGGUUUCUUUGCAGCCGACCUCUCUGCCUCCAUCCACUAUAGUCCGUCCUGCUUCCCUCCAAGUUCCCAAUGUACUUCUGGCCAGCUCUGACGCUGGUGUUGUUAUUCAGCAAGCUCUCCCAUCUCCAACAUCUAGCUCUGUUAUAACCCAGGUCCCAACCUCUAGUAGGCCGAUAGUUCCGGUGUCAGGCACGAUUCCGGUUCUCCUGCAGCUGCCUAACGGUCAGACCAUGCCAGUCGCCAUCGCAGCCACCAUCGCCAGCUCCAGCGUCCACAUACCCACUGCCAUUCCUCUGGUCAGACCAGUCACCAUAGUGCCUAGUUUCCCUGGAAUCCCUGGUCCCUCUUCUCCGAAGCCUGUCCAAUCAGAAGCCAAGAUGAAGCUAAAGGCGGCUCUCAGUCAACAACUCCCUCAGGUAACCAACGGAGAUGCAGGUGACAUCCAGAGCAGCUCAGCCAGCCAAACUCCGCCCCCAGAGCCGCCUCCACCAGAGGAGCCCCGCCCAAAGUCACUACAGCAACCAGCUACAUCCACUACAGAAACUCCUGUGUCUCCAGCCCCACCAGCGCAGCACACGACCAGUACAGGCGGUCGGCGGCGGCGAACCACCAGCGAGGACCCCGACGAGAAAAGACGGAAGUUUCUGGAAAGAAACCGAGCCGCCGCAUCUCGCUGCAGGCAGAAGAGGAAAGUCUGGGUGCAAAAUCUGGAGAAGAAAGCCGAGGACAUGAGCUCCAUGAACGGACAGCUACAGAGUGAAGUGACUCUUCUGCGUAAUGAGGUUGCUCAGCUGAAACAGCUUUUGUUGGCACAUAAGGACUGUCCUGUGACACUCCUACAGAAGAAAUCAGGAUACCAGCAGCCGGAUAAGGAGGACAGCUGCGGGGAGAUGUCUGUUCCCAGCAGCCCACAGAACGAGGCCAUUCAGCACAGCUCCAUCAGCACAUCCAACGGUGUCAACUCGUCCAUGGCAACCGUGGCGGCGCUCACAUCCGACCCCGCUCUGGAGCCCAGCACAGAAGAGGAGGAGGAGUCACAAGUGGGCGGGGCUUCCACCGCUCACACCCAGUCUUCAGGAAGCUGAUUGGGCCUCUACAUCGGUCACUGUAAUUCUUGGUAGCCGCGUUUUUGUCUGGAGAACGCUCUGGUUUCCCCAAUUUUGAUCUGAGCUCUUUUUAAUCCAGCGAAAUUUUUACAAAGAGUGAGAAGACCGUUGUGGAAAAAAGGAUCAUGGGAGAUCCGUACUGAUUGUUUAAUUGUGUUUCUGUGUGUGUGUGUGUGUGUGUGUGUGUGUAUUUAUAAAGCGCUGAAUGAAGGAUUGUCUAGUUUGAAUGUGUCCUGAAUCUUAUUGAGAGAACGUGGACUUAAUAAAGCACUAUCAGAGGUUUAAAGAUGGAAGAACUGGUCACUUUAAUUUCUUUGCCUUUUAUAUUUUGCACAUGAGGAGAGUGUGAAAGGUUGUUUUUUAUUUGAAUGAUCGUUGAUCGAGUGCUUGCUGACAUUUGAGCACUUCCAGCAGCUUUUAGGAGUAGCUUUAAAAACUGAUCUGAACUGACCAUCAGUCUUGAAACAGAAACCUGCCGUUGUGUGAAACUUCUGGAUGAAGUUUUUGGGAACAUUUUUACACCGAUAAGAUGAAGAUUUGUUUCUUGGACAGUGGACUCUUCAAACGCUAUUUUGUCUGUGUGCUGUUAGUUAUUUGUUGCAGGUUUCAGUUUGUAUUCUGUAUUUGUUUAGUUAUGUUUACAUUUUAGGUGAAACAAAAUAUUUCCUGAUACUGGAAGCUUUCAAGGAGUUAUUUUGAUAAGAGGCUUUAUGCUUUUUUUAAUACGUGGUUUCCAUUCUGCUUGCUUAUAAAGUGGCUGACUUUGUAUUUGUGGUGUCUGAUUCUUACAAACAUGGACAGAAAAGAAAAACAUGAUUAGUUCUUUCACUUUGUUGUCUUUCUAAUUACAGUGUAAUUAUGGAAGCAUUGUAAAUGUCAUUACUGAUGGAAUUAUUGUGUGUGAUCUCUACUGGUACUGUGUUGUCUUCAGAUCAUAACAACAAAGUAAAAAUUAUACAAAAUCACCUGAACAGACUUUUAAAGCUUUCCCAACCUUUGGAGCUGUUUGAAACACAUCUGUCUUUAGAAUAAAACUCUAAACAGAAUCUAGAGCUGCUCCUUGUAAGAUCUCUUUGUAAGUUAAACUUUGAUUAGUCACGAUUGCUAAGAAUAGAUUGGAAAAAAAUAAUGAUGACUUUGUGUCCACUUCUCUCUCUCUCAAAUGUUUUGGCUUACUACUGUGUAGUUCUACAAGACUUUUCUGCAUUUUUUGCUUUUAGAUAUUGACUAUUUAGAACUUAUUUUUGUUUUCAGAGGUUAAUUUAUAAGACAGUUGUUAUGUGCUAACCUGCGUGAUUCUGAGAGAAUAAGACCAAUGUUUCAACCAAUGUCUCCUGUUGGGAUACUGCAGUUCAACAUCUUGUUACUCUUAAGAGUUUGAGCCAGAACAUGGCAGCUUUACUACAGGGUUUUGUUCUUAACUCUGGGUCCACCUCCAGGAUGUGAUCAUUUAAUUAUUGUGUUAUUAAAGUUGUAACUUGUGAAAGCUAUGUAUAAAAUAUACAAAUGACUAAAAUGUUGUAAUAAAUCUUUUCAUAGCUCUUAAAAAGUUAUUCAGGGUGUGUGA